ACCUACUUUAAAGAAAAAAACUUGUGGAGACCUUAAUUGCAUUGUAGCAAAGCAUAAUAAAUACCAGCCGCAACGCCUAUUCUUUCACUAAUUCAAUUCAAUUCACUCACUCUAUUUUCUAACCUAGAAAUAAAUUUAGGGUUAGGGUUUAUAUCCAAAUCGAGAUCAUGUCUGAUCGUGUUGAAUCAUCGACAAAGAAGAUCACCCUGACAAGUUCUGAUGGCGAGAUCUUUGAAAUCGAGAAGACAGUGGCGAUGGAAUUUAAAACCAUCAAGAAUUUGAUCGAGGACGUUGUUGACAACAAUCGAAUCCCUAUCCCUAAGGUAACCGGCAAGAUCUUGGCUUUAAUUGUUGAGUAUUGUAAGAAGCAUGUUAAUGCUGUGAAUUCUGAUGAAAAAUCUUCAGAGCAUGACCUUAAGACGUGGGACGCUGAAUUCGUCCAGCUUGAUCAUCCCGUGCUCUUUGAUCUCAUCUCUGCUGCUAGCUUUUUGGAUAUCAAAAGCUUGUACGAUCUUACGUGCAAGACUGUAGCAGACAUGAUGAACGGCAAGACACCAGAGCAGAUUCGUGCGAUGUUCAACAUUGUGAAUGAUUACAGUCCGCAGGAAGAGGAGGAAAUUCGUAGCGAACACCCAUGGGCCUAUGAAUAAGUAUAUUUUAGGUUUUAGGGCUUCACUAUUUUGAGUGAUUAUUAUAUUUGAACAUUUUAGAAUCUUAGUCAUGGAUUUGACAUGUGGGUUUGAUGUUUUGUAUCGUUUAAUUAUUGAAGCUACAUUUUUAUAUUUGGACCUAUUUUCAGGAAUUCUAAGUAUCUCUAUAUAUUUAUCGAAAUUAUUAAAUAUUCAAUGAUAUUGAUAUUGCAUUUGGAUAA